AUGGAGGAAGCAGUGAAGCUGGUCCGGUCCAAGAGUAUGACACUAUAUGGUGCUUCAAAAACGUUUAAAAUUCCCCUCUCCACUUUGGGUGACAAGGUGCGGGGGAGAAGGGCCGUCAAGCCUCAAGUUCAUAAGCUGCUCACUGACGAGGAGGAGGAGAGAUUGGUCAUGUGGAUCAAAGUCCAUGCCCAACGGUCAAUGGGGCGCACCCACGAAGACGUGCGGCAAAAGGUGAAGGAAAUAUUAGACCUGCGAGGAGCGUCAGUAAGGAGAGAAGAUGGCCUUCCUGGUAGGGACUGGGUGACCAACUUCAAAAAACGUCACCCAGGACUUAGCCUCCGAUCCCCUCAAGCUCUUGGCAAGGAGCGAGCCCUAGUGCAGGAGAAGGACAUUAGGGACUGGUUCUCCGAAAUGAAGAAAUAUCUCGACUCUCGAGACCCAGCCCUCCUCAAAAGCCCAGAUAGAAUCUUCAACGCAGAUGAGACUGGUUUCGCGUUCGCACCUGUCUCCAAGCGAGUCCUGGCCCCGGUGGGCAUGAAGCAUGUGUAUAACAUCUGCAAUAACACGAAGAAUCAGAUAACAGUGUUGGCAUGUGCAUCAGCUGCUGGGGAAUACGUGAAUCCCCUGCUGGUUUUUCCGAGGAAAAGAAUGCCCUCAGCCAACUUCCUUGCUGGCUUCAAGGACGCGUUCAUGCAGCUAUCAAGCAAUGGAUGGGUGAACGUUACCAUCUUCCACACCUUCAUAAAGGAUGUAUUUACACCAUUCAUCGCGGAAAAGCCAAAGCCAGUCGUCCUUUUCGUCGAUGGACACACAAGUCACAACAGUGACAUUGGCACGCUCAAGAUGUGUGAGGAACAUGGCAUCAUACUCUAUGGCCUUCUUCCUCAUGCCUCUCACAUAAUUCAGCCUCUAGACCUAUCGGUAUUCGGUUCCAUGAAGGCAAGAUGGUCGGUGGUGGUGAAGCAGCACCUGGAGGAGACAGGGGAGACGCCAUCAGCGGCCAAUUUUUCGCACCUGUUGAAAAAAGUGUGGGAGCAUUGUGCCACGCCAGAAGCCAGCCUGAAAGGUUUCAGACGUUCAGGCAUCUUUCCUUUUAACCCAGAGAGCCCUCUGACAAGUGGCAAAAUGGAGGCCAGUAGGAGUUUCUUCUCCAGCCCUGAAGAUACUGCCCUCCCUCAGGUGGCUACAACCAAGCUCGAUGCCGUCAGUUCCCUUCUGCGCCUGUCCUCCAUGUUAGGCAUCAUCAGAUGUGAAAGUUACCUGGAUAUGCUGAAGGAAAGAAAGACGUCAGAGGACAAAGAAUUUCAAGAAUUUCAGAGGACACUGGUGGCAGCAGGUGUACUCGAGGUUCAAGACCAGGGCAUCCCAGCCUCAUCUGUUCCCUCCAGACGCAAAAGCUUGGAUGACCUGUUUGCCCCACCCCAACUCCCAAAGAACAAGAGGGGCACAGCUUCCAAAAAGAACUCCUCAUUGACCAUGGCCUUCAGUUCAGAUCAGUACAGGAACUUCUUACAAGGAAAGGAAGACAAGGCCAGGAUGGAGAAAGAGAUGAAAGAGAGAAGGAAGAAAGAUCGAGAGGAAGCAAAAGCAAGGAAAGAGCAAGAGAAGAAGGAGCGUCAGGAAAAAGCUAGAGUUGAGCGAGAGAGAAAGAAACAAGAGAAAAAGGAAACACAGGAGAGGAAGCAGUGUGAUUUUGUGACCAAGGGAUAA